UCCCCGUCCAUCAUUAUAUGAAGAAAACAUAAAAUCCUCCAUCAAUUACCUCCGCAAUUACAAGCACCAACCACAGCCCAAAGAUGGGUACCCUCAGAACGGAACCAACCACCACCCUUCACGUGGUGGCGAUGCCAUAUCCCGGAAGAGGCCACGUAAAUCCCAUGAUGAAUCUUUGCGAACUCAUGUCUUCCAGAAAACCAGACAUCCUCUUCACCUUUGUUGUAACAGAGGAAUGGUAUGACCUCAUCCACUCAGAUACUAAGAAGCCAGCCAACAUCCACUUCGCCACCAUCCCCAACUGCAUACCGUCUGAGGUAGGCCGUGCCAAAGACUUCCUGGGAUUCUUGGAGGCUGUUGCCACAAAAAUGGAAGCUCCUUUUGAGCAGCUCCUUGAUCGGCUUGAGCUGCCGGUGGAUGUUAUUGUAGCUGAUACUUACCUGGACUGGGUGGUGCAUGUUGGGAAUCGGAGGAAUAUUCCUGUUGCUUCUCUUUGGACCAUGUCAGCCUAUGUUUUUUCACUGUCCCGUCAUUUCGAGCUACUCGAGCAAAACGGCCAUUUUCCGGUGGAGCUAUCGGAACGAGGUGAAGAACGAGUGGACUACAUUCCUGGAAUUCCUCCAACGCGUUUAGUUGAUUUUCCAAAUAUAUUUCAUGGAAAUGGUCGACAAAUCAUGCCUCGAUCUCUAGAGGCUGUUUCAGUGGUGUCGAAAGCUCAGUAUCUUCUGUUCACUUCUUUCUACGAUCUUGAAGCCCCAGUAAUCAGCGCUUUAAAACCCAAGUUUCCUUUUCCUGUAUACCCUAUUGGCCCUAGCAUACCCUAUUUCAAAAUCACAGACAACUCUUCAGUUAUUGGCAGUAAUCACAAUGUGCCUGGCUGCAUUGAAUGGCUAAAUUCCCAACCUGAAGGCUCCGUGCUAUAUGUUUCAAUGGGAAGUUUCCUUUCAGUAUCAAGUUCCCAAAUGGAAGAAAUUGUUGCUGGGGUUCAUAAUAGCGGUGUUCGAUUCUUGUGGGUGUCCCGAGGGGAAACAACUCCUUUUAAAGAUGGUGGUGGUAAUAUGGGGCUAGUUGUGCCAUGGUGCGACCAAAUAAGGGUGCUGUGCCAUUCUGCUGUUGGAGGUUUUUGGACACAUUGUGGGUGGAAUUCCACUCUUGAAGCUGUUUUUGCUGGAGUUCCAAUGCUUACUUCUCCUAUAUUUUGGGAUCAAAUUACAAACAGAAAAUUAAUUGUGGAAGACUGGCAGAUAGGAUGGAGAGUGAAGAGGGAGGAGGGAAGCGAAAUUUUGGUGACAAGAGAAGAAAUUUCAAAGCUUGUGAAAAAUUUUAUGGAUGCAGAGAACAUUGAGGUGAAAGCAAUGCGGAAGAGAGCUAAAGAACUUCAAGAGACUUGUCGUGGAGCUAUUGCGAAGGGUGGAUCAUCUGACACUAAUCUUGAAUCUUUCAUAAGGGACAUUUCACAAGGCCAGGCUAAGUGAGCUGGUUGAUUAUGAAUUGAAGUAGUCUUCAAUCUUCAUCCUUGAAUAAUGCAUUAAAUUUCUAGCUAAUUUGAGGCCUAAGACCAUGCAUUUUUGGAAAUGAAUGUGAAAUGCAUUUUUGAAAAUGGAUGUGAAAUUGUAGCUUUCUUAACGAAAUUUGCAUAAUAACAGAGUCUUUGAGUAGGCUCUACUACUUAUUUA